AUGAGGAUUGGUGUGAGUGGGAGCCGCUGCCUGCAGCGAAGGGCAGCCCUGCCCCACGUCCCGGCUGCAGAGGAGGCGGCGGCUAAAGCGGCCCCGCUGGAGGAGGAGGACUGGCUGAUCGCUGCCCUGGCUCGCAAGAAAGCCCAAGCGCAGGCUAAGGCCCAGGAGAGGAAUGCCGAGGCCUCGGAGGCCCCAGGGGAAAGGCUGCAUCCCCGUCCUGCUGUCAGCUCUGUUCUAGGGGAUGAUUUCUUCAGCAAGCUCUCUGCAGAGGACAGCAAAGCUGCAGGGGGACCCAGGGCCUCUGCCACAGACACGGAGAAUCUGCUGCAGAACCUGAAGGAUAUGGAUGACCUGGAAGCUGAUCUCCUGGGGAUAUCAAAGCCCAGUUCUGCAGCAGAGAAGACAACUGUGAAAGGUCCUGAGGAAUGGGGUUCCUUGGGAAAAGGACGAGCUAAAGGCCCAGGGAAGCUGUUAGCUCCUGAGAAAGAGAAGGAAGAUGUUUGGAAGAGGAAAGAUGAUGUAUCUGGCGAGUACAAGUCCUCGGUGGCCUCCACACCCAAGAGCCCGCUAGCGAGGAGGCGGUCUGUCAGGUUUUCCAGCGACAUGAGCAGCCAAGUGAAAGCAGAGCUGCACCCCAAAGCUGCUCCUGCAGGCAGCAGGCGCACGGUGCGGGGCAGAGGGGCUGGAGCCGACUGGCUGGGCUUGAAGGAUGAGGAUUGGUGUGAGUGGGAGCCGCUGCCUGCAGCGAAGGGCAGCCCUGCCGUGAGCCGCCCCAGCCCUGCCCCGGCCGCACGGCCUGGCCCCGCCAGCCACGUCCCGGCUGCAGAGGAGGCGGCGGCUAAAGCGGCCCCGCUGGAGGAGGAGGACUGGCUGAUCGCUGCCCUGGCUCGCAAGAAAGCCCAAGUGCAGGCAAAGGCCCAGGAGAGGAAUGCCGAGGCCUCGGAGGCCCCAGGGGAAAGGCUGCAUCCCCGUCCUGCUGUCAGCCAUCCAGCCGCCUCCACAGGAGCCCCACAGCAGGCAGCUGCCCUGCGGGACACAGCCAGUGCAGACAGCUCUGGGCAGCCGGUGCCCUGGCUCAGCACCACGAAAGGAGCCUCAGCUCAGGCGUCGGAGGCUGAGAAGGAGGAUCCCUCCGGAGACACCAGCGCCCUGGCCUCUACAGCCUUAUUGCCAGGAGAGCAGGAGGUGCAGGGCCCUGUCCCACUUGCUCAGGUUCCCACGCCCAGGACACGUCUCCAGGCUGCCCCACAGCUGCAGGCAGAGUCCUCAGGCCUGUGCUUGCUGCAUGAGGGGAGGCCGGGGCAUGGCACUGCCCAGCUCUGUGAGGAUGCAUCAGGCUGCCGGGCAGCUCUGGUCAGCGCCCAGGCCCGUGUGGCAGAGCUGGAGAGCCAGGUCCAGAUGCUGGAGGUGGAGCGGACGCAGCAGAGGCUGUUGCUGGAGAGUCUCCAGCAGCAGCACCAGAAGAACCUGGAUCUUCUCGAGAGCCCCUACAGGCGGCAAAUGAAGGUGUUGGAGGAGAGCCACGGGCGGCAGGAGGAGAGGCUGCGGCAGGAGCUGGAGCAGCUGAGGGCUCAGCUGCUGUCGCAGAGCCAGGACGCGGAGCAGGCGCAGGCAGAGCUGCGGGCACAGCACCAGCAGCAGCUGGCAGCACUGGAGCAGCAGCACACGCUGGAGGUGAAGCGGCUGCAAGAGCUGCAGAGGACGUCCAUCCAGGAGCUGCGCCAGGACUACGACGAGCAGCUGCGGCGGCUGCAGCGGCUGAAGGAUCAGGAGGUGGAUGCGGUGACCAGCGCCACGUCACACACCAGGUCUCUGAACGGCGUCAUCGAGCGGAUGGAGAAGUUCUCCAGUGGUCUGCACGAGCUCUGGCACAAGGUGGAGGCCAAGCACCACAGCACCUCCCAGGAGCUGGCCACGUGGGCACAGCAGCUCAGGGUGCUCCAAGACAGGAUGUUGCAGCAGCAGAAGGACAUGGAGGAGGAACAGAGACGACACCAGGACGUGAUUGCUAAAGUGGAGGCCAGGCUGAGCGAGCAGUCUCAGCAGCUGGAGCAGGAGCGCUGCAGGGCGCUGGCAGAGCAGUGCCAAGUGGGAUCUCUGCAGCGCUCGCUGGAGGAGCGGCAGCAAGUCCUGAGCCAGCAGCUCUCCAAGGAGCGAGCAGAGCUGGAGAGGGCCAAGAGCACUUUUCUGGCGGAGCAGCAGUUGGUGGUGCAGAAGUGCUCAGAGGAGUACCAGAAGCUGGCGACUGAGUGGGCUGAACUUCGUGCCCAGCAGCAGCAGAGCAGGGAGCUGGCAGAGCUGAAAGCCAAGGAGGAGCAGCUGGAGAAGGCCAGAGAGCUGCAGGAUAAGGCCUGGCAGAAGCUGAGGCUGGAGAAGGAGAGGGUGAAGGUGGCUGCGCAGCGCGUCCGGCAGCAGGAGGAGAAGGUGCAGAGCAGGGCCAAGCUCUCAUCUCAGAAGGACAAGAAGGGGCAGCGAGUGCUGCAGAAGGCUUGCAGGGGGGAGUGUGAGCACCCAAGGAGGCUGCAGGCCAUGCAGCAGCGCUUGAAGCAGCUGAGGCAGCAGGAACAGCACCUGCAGGAGGAGUGGCUGAGCACGGCUCUGAAGAGGAGACAGCUAGAAGAGCGAUGUGAGGAGCUGCCCAACAAGCCCAUGAUGCUGCUGACUGCAGACCAGGACCUCGGUGCCCCUGUGAACGGCCUCUCCAGCACACUGUUUCCCCUGACGACAGGGGCACCACAGAGCUGGAGUCUUGUUGCAGAGCCUCCAGCUCCUGUCAGGGUGCUCCCUCAGCACAGCCCUGGGGCUGGCAGGGACACCCUGGCCACAGCCAGCGGCACCGAGCUCAUUGACGCCAUGCUGCUGCUGCUGAAGUUCAGGGCCCAGCAGGACCAUGGUUUCUUAGAGAAUGAGGAGUUCUACCUGGAGAGUCUGACAAAAUCAUCCUAUCACACGUCAGCUCGGUCACGAGGAUGGUGGUCAGCACAUCUCACACCAGCAAAACUGCAGCCACGUCUCCACCAACUGGUGACAAAGAAACCCAAGCUUUCUUAG